CUCUCUGCAGGUUCCAACCUGAACUUCCUGGAGGACUGGGAGUCAGCCACAUGAGAGGAACAGAGCCCACUCACCGGGACUGAGUGUGGCAGCAGUAGUCUGUAAGCCAUGCCGGGAAAGCUGAAAGUGAAGAUUGUGGCAGGACGCCACCUGCCAGUGAUGGACAGAGCCAGUGACUUGACGGACGCCUUUGUAGAAGUAAAGUUUGGAAACACCACCUUUAAAACCAACGUUUAUCCCAAAUCUCUGAACCCGCAGUGGAACUCUGAAUGGUUUAAAUUUGAGGUGGAUGAUGAAGAUUUACAAGACGAGCCACUUCAAAUCACUGUCCUGGAUCAUGACACAUACAGUGCCAACGAUGCUAUUGGCAAAGUGUAUAUUGAUAUUGAUCCACUGCUGUACACAGAGGCUGCCACUGUGAUAUCUGGUUGGUUCCCCAUAUAUGACACAAUCCACGGGAUCCGGGGGGAGAUCAAUGUGGUUGUGAAAGUAGAUCUCUUCAAUGACCUGAACCGUUUCAGGCAAUCUUCAUGUGGAGUGAAGUUUUUCUGCACUACGUCUAUCCCAAAGUCUUAUCGUGCUGUGGUCAUCCAUGGCUUUGUGGAAGAGCUAGUAGUGAACGAGGAUCCAGAGUACCAGUGGAUCGACCGAAUUCGGACGCCGAGAGCCUCGAAUGAAGCUCGUCAGCGUCUAAUCUCAUUAAUGUCUGGUGAGCUCCAGAGGAAAAUUGGUGUGAAGGUCCUGGAGAUGCGGGGGAAUGCUGUGGUGGGAUACUUGCAGUGCUUCGAUCUGGAAGGAGAGUCUGGCUUGGUGGUCCGAGCUAUAGGAACUGCUUGUACUUUGGAUAAAAUAAGUAAUCCAGCCUCGUUUGCCCCAGCGUGUCAUUCUCCUUGCAAAGAAAUGAAAGAGGUUCCCUUCAGUGAGGAGCUUAAUCCCAAUACUCACUCAUCAGGACCCUCCACCCCUCUGAAAAACCAAACCUGUUCCUUUUCACCUUCAAAGUCUUACAGCCGACAGUCGUCCUCUUCUGACACAGAUUUAAGUUUGACACCUAAAACUGUCGAGGCGCUGCGAGGGCCUAGGAUUUUUGUUUGCCCCAGUUCCCCUGCCCUCCUCUAUCAGUCCCCAUGUUUCAAUCAGUCCUGUAGCCUCCUUCCUGCAGGGGGCAGCACAACCCCUCUGCUCCCCAGUCAUACCCUGAGGAAGUCCGUCUCAUUCGGUAACGAGCUGCUGUUGGCUGGAAUGGGAAGUGGCAGCGCUGGGAGAGAUGGAGGUGCAUUUAAAGCCCUCCUCAGGCAGCAGACACAGACUGCGUUGGAGCAGAGGGAGUUCCCCUUUUUCACACUAACUGCAUUUCCGCCAGGAUUCCUUGUACAUGUUGGUGGUGUUGUUAGCGCUCGCUCUGUGAAACUCCUGGAUCGCAUUCACAAUCCCGAUGAACCAGAAACUCGUGAUGCGUGGUGGGCAGAGAUACGCCAGGAGAUUAAAUCUCAUGCGAGAGCCCUGGGCUGCCAUGCUGUGGUGGGUUACAGCGAGUCCACUAGUAUCUGUGAGGAAGUCUGUAUCUUGUCUGCUGCCGGCACAGCCGCUGUGCUGAACCCUCGAUACCUACAGGAUGCCGGCACCGAAUGCUGUAUGGAACAAAGGUUGUCUUGGGAGCCUGACUUCUUUUUAGGGUCAGACAAGGGAGAGGUUGAUAAUUUCCAUCAGAGCCAGGAUAGUUCUCCCCUAUUAGGGUCAGAAGACAUUUCCUCGGCUCCUUGCACAUUUUGUCAUAUCCCUUACGAUGAGCUAAACAUGCCCUUCCCAGCUCAUCUCACGUUCUGCUACAGCUGCCACAAAUACAAGGUCCCUGAUGUGCUCUUUACCACUAUAGAUCUUCCAACCGACGCUCCUGUUAUAGGGAAAGGCUGUCUUAUACAAGCAAGGUUGUGUCGUCUGAAAAAGAAGGCACAAGCCGAAGCCAAUGCUACAGCAAUUAGCAACCUCCUCCCUUUUAUGGAGUACGAGCUGCACACCCAACUGAUGAACAAGGUGAAGCUAAGAAGCAUGAAUGCGCUGUUUGGCCUCCGCAUCCAGAUCACGGUCGGUGAAACCAUGCUGCUUGGAUUGGCAUCUGCCACAGGUGUGUAUCUGGCUGCCUUACCUUCCUCUGGAGGGAUCCAGAUUGCUGGGAAAACACCAAAUGACGGGUCCUAUGAUCAGCAUAUUUCUCAUGUGCAGAAAAAGAUCAACGAAACGAUUGCAAAAAAUAAAGAGUUUUAUGAAAUCAAUCCACCAGAGUUUUUAGAGGAAACCAUAGGAUCCCCCAUCCCAGAAUCUCGUCUGCGUUCACGGUUAAUUAGAUCACAGUCUGAAAGCUCUGACGAGGUGACAGAAUUGGAUUUAUCUCAUGGUAAAAAGGAUGCGUUUGUCUUGGAGAUCGACGAUACAGACGCUAUGGAAGAUGUGCAUUCGCUGCUAACAGAUGUUCCUCUUCCGCCAGGGUUUUACAGCUGUAACACCGAAAUCAUGCCGGGAAUUAAUAACUGGACCUCGGAAUUACAGAUGUUCACCUCAGUUCGAGUUAUCCGACUUUCUAACAUGAAUCUGACAAACCAGACUCUAAAUAAAAGCUUUAAUGAUCUCUGUGAGAAUCUGCUAAAGAGUCUUUACUUCAAGCUGCGAUUCAUGGUCCCCUGCUGUCUGUGCCACGUCAAUUUCACGGUCGCCGUCCCAGAGGAUGAAUCCAUACAGGUUGCGGUUACCGCUGUAGCAAUCACAUUUGACAAACAAAAUACAUUGGAGACCAGUAAAAACAGAGCUGAAAAGGCACAGACGAGAGCCUCUACAGACAAUGAAGAUCAGCUUCAAUUCUCCAUGGAAUUAAACUCGGAUUCCUCAAUUUCCUAUCCAUUCUCACCGGUUAAAGAUAUCCAGGAGCGAGCAGGCUCCCUGGCUGGAACUACUGCCACUCAGCGAGCUACUCCCGCUGAUUACAGUUCCUUUGCAGACAGAUGCAACAGCUGGAUAGAGCAGAUUAAAAUGCGAGCGCACACCAUAAGACGCGGAUCAGUUAAGACAACUACUUCUCUCGAAAAGGCAAGUCCAGUGGCUGAAGGACACCUGAGAAUUCGAUCCAUCACAUCCUCCACCAGUCCCGUAGUCACGGUGGUGAAAAUGACACCUCUUUCUUUCAUUCCUGGGGCCAAAAUAACCAAAUUCCUUGGCAUUAUCAACAUGUUUUUUAUAAGAGAAACAACAUCUCUGCGUGAGGAAGGUGGAGUCAGUGGUUUCUUGCACGCAUUCAUCUGUGAAGUGUUUGCCAUGGUCCGUGCCCACGUGGCAGCUCUUGGGGGCAACGCUGUGGUCUCGUACAUAAUGAAGCAAUGCGUAUUCAUGGAGAACACCAACAAAAACCAGGCGCAGUGCCUGAUUAACGUCAGCGGAGACGCCGUUAUCUUUAUUCGUGAAUCUGAACUGGAAGCCGUCUCAGUCCCUUCAGGGACGUCGACCACUGCUUUGGAAGGUUUAGGUGAUGGUGCAACCUAAAUCCACGAACAGAGUACAGCCUUCGGAAGAGACAGAUUGUAGAAAAUGGACAUUUCAAUGCUAUUUAUUGAAUAAUGAACACAGCAAUAUCCUGUUUUGUAAUCACAGCAUUUUUAAGCAGGACUUUAUACACCGUAAACUGUCAUAAAAACACACCUGUUUUCAGGCAUCAGACAUGAUACCAUCACAUUUAUCUGCAGGGAGUUUCAUUCUCAGUCACCAUUUUGAGUGAUAGUAAUGUGCAUCUCUCAUGUAAUAUUUAUUAUUGAGGUUCAAGCAAGGCCAGCGUGUAUUUUAUGUAAGAUAUCCCUCUAACAGGCGCUGGGUAAGAGAAUGAGAGGGGCAGAAUGUCAACGUUUUUCAAUCUAUACUCCUGGAACUAAUGGACCAUUGACUAUAUAAAUACCAGUCCAAUGGCAGAGGGUACAAUAGCCAUGAGAAGGAGGGUAGCGCUCUGUCAUUAUAAAGAACUGCUAAAUUGCCGUAAGAAUGUGCAUAAGUUGAUGUUAUCUUCACGUAGAGUAACUGUAAAACAUCCUGCUACCACUUUCAGCAGUAAUGAGUGGAAACUGCAGAGAGACGAACAAGAACCCCUGGGACAUGUUCAUUGAAAUGCCUCAUUAUAACGCUAGUGAGAUGCAGUGGUUACAUAAUCUUCUAAUUUUAUUUCUAUUUAGGGCUAUCUCGGAGAGUGUCCCACUUGUUCUACUGAACCCAAACAUUAAAGUAUUUCGAGUUUUAUAGGAUUCUGUCCCUCCUGGGGUGGUUUGACAGAUUUCACUUAAUCUCACGGUUGCAUACCCAACCCUCAUUCAGUACAAUCUAAUCUGAUCAGUGAAACAUGGACCUAUAUACAGGAUGCUUGAAAUGUCUAGGCCCUGUACAGUAGCCAUAAUCUGACAAUGUCAGCAAGGUAAAAAAUCACCAUAAUCAUCACUAAGAUACAAGCUGAGCCCUGCACACAUUAAUAAAUGGGUUACCAAAACAUUCCCUUAAACUCAUGCACACACAGAUUACCAAAUCCGUUACCAUGCUCUUCUUGGCAAAACCAGGCAAUCAUUACCAAAACCUUUGUUCAAAGCCAAAUGGGGAGUUAUUGAAAAUUCCUGCAGAUUGGACAUAACAUGAAAAUGUUUAUCAUAAGGUCAGCGCAUUUGUGUUUGUACUGCUGUUGUAGGAAAGCAAGUGAUGAUAGUUGCAGUCCGCCUGUAUGCUGUGGAAGUUUAAAAUCGGUUCCAGACGUUAUGCUACAGGCACUUUGUAAAGAGCUUUAAAUGUUAUAUUUUUGAUACGUCUGCAACACGGGUCAUUAAGCACGUUUGAUGAAAAAGAAAUGGCAAAACAUUAUAUGGAAGGUCUCCAAUAAAGUUCUAAAACAAUCCAUGCGUACCUGCAUGUGCUCUGCAGAAAUGCUGUAAAUCUCAAUGGUGCGAAUGUUGGGCAUGCUACAGAUUGCUAGCAAUAAAUAAAUUAUUUUAAAUGGCCUUGGCUGA